AUGGUCAAGAAAGCCGUGAAGCGAGCCCUGGCCACAUCGAGCGGAGCACGGAGACCGAUCGGAGGCCGAAUUGCGGCCGCCACCCCGAUUGCCAACCGAAUCCUCGCCACGUCGCGUGUCAUUCAGAAGGCUGCCCGUCCGGUGGCUAGGCGUCAGAUGGUCGUCCAGCGCCCCAAGAUCGUACGGCAACGUAUUGCUGCUCCGGAAUAUGUGGAGGAAAUCAUUGAACGCCCAGUCCAAGUCAUCCGACGCCCCCAGGUCGCCGCCGUCAGGAAGCAGGUCGUCAUCCGACGUGCAGCUCCACUUCAGAACAUCCGUCAACGCAUCCAGCAACAACGACAGAUCGUCCGGGAGCAACCCCGCGAAAGAGUGAUUGUGCAGAGGAGCAUCCCGCGAGUCCAGCAACAAGUUAUCAGGCGACCGGCUAGGAUCGAACGCCCGCAGCAAUUCCGUGAACGCGUCGAGUACGUCCAGGUCGACCGUUCCCCACGAUUCAGCGGAUCUUCCCGACGUGGUGGGUUCCGUGGAGGACGUCAACAGGCACGAAUUGUCGAGGUCGAUCGCUUCGAGGACUACAACACUGGCCGAUUCUCCAGCAGCCGCAAAGGCCGUGGCUUCCGCUCAGACUAC